UGCACAACGGACUCUGAGCUGAACACACCCCCUGUUCCUGCUGUGGGAGGAGGAUGCAGUGACAAGGAGGGGUUCAAGUUCAAUUAGGACAGCCCCUGAAUAGUUUUCACACAAAGAGGAAAAGAGAGGAACAGAGUGAGUAGCUCCAGAACUAAACCUAAGACAUGGCUUUAGUAGGCAGGUCGUGGCUGUUGCUCGUAGGCUUUAUAUUGUUUUAUGUCAUCUACCUGCUUUUCGGAGCCCUGAUUUUCUCCACCAUCGAGCGGCCGAUGGAGGACAAGCUGCGACAUGAUAUGGAAGUUCUGAAGAAGGAGUUUCUGAACCAGAGCUGCGUCAGCGCCGCGUCCCUCGAAAACUUUCUGUUCAAAGUGCUGGCGGCCAACAAGUACGGCGUCUUCCUCAUCAGAAACGCCUCCGCUACCUCAAACUGGGACCUGGCAUCGUCCAUGUUCUUCGCUAACACUCUGGUCACCACUGUCGGUUAUGGUCAAUCCACUCCUCUGUCUGACACUGGGAAAGCUUUCUCCAUCUUCUACGCCUUGUUAGGAGUUCCCUUUACCAUGCUGGUGCUCACCGCCUGUGUCCAGAGGCUCCUGUACCCUCUGGUCCUCGCUCCGGUGAGCCUGCUUCAGAGAUCAGGCCUGGAGCCUCGGCCCGCCACUGCUGUCCACUUUGUGUUGCUGCUGUUUCUGGUGGUGCUGUGCUUUUUUGUGGUGCCAGCAGCCAUCUUCACCAAGUUGGAGGAGUCCUGGAGCUUUUUGGAUGGCGUCUACUUCUGUUUCAUCUCUCUGUGCACCAUUGGACUGGGGGAUUUUGUGCCAGGGAUGCAGCCAGAGCAGAAGUAUAGGACACUGUAUCUUGGUGCUGUCAUGGUGUACCUGUUCUUGGGUCUGAUGAUGAUGUACCUCUUGCUACGCACCUUCCACAAGAUGUCUGAUGUGCAUGGCCUGACUACCAUGCUACAGCUGCCUCGCUGUGAAGAUUCUGACCCGGAUGAGGACAGAGAGCCCAUCGUGGAUCACGGCGAGAGUCCCCAGAGGCAGACAGAAAAGGGUGCCAGCAAUCACCUUGAGCCAGGAUCACAGGUGUCCUACAACACCAUCAACAGGGGCUGAGCUGUGAGGACGGAGAGAAAAGGGAUAGAAGCUCCAUCUCUCACAAAUCCUUACGUCUUGAACCACUGAUGGAACAUGAGGACUUGGUGGGCUGAUUCUGAAUUCUUUUCUUUUUUUUCCCUUCUUCUUGUUUAUUUUCUUCCUUUUCAACUCAUUUUAAAAAAUCCAUUGGAGGAAACAUUAAGGAGGAUUGAGAUGAGUUUUGAGAAAUAGAGGGCCACCAAAGAGUUUAGGAGUGGGUAUUGCACCUCGUGUUGCACAUAGGGACAGAUUCUCCCAACCAGGGCUAAAAGGAAAACAUCUCCCUCUGACACACCAGUGUAACUGUGCUGUUUACAGUCAGGAUUGCACAUGAUGGGCUUCGGCCUAAAACUUCUGAUACAGUUUAGUUGUUGUUGUUUUUGUUUUGUUUUUUUACCU